GUGUGAUGCAUUCACGCACCACAGGAAUGUUUGACGAGCUCAUUUUCGCCGUUCAAAACGCUGCAAGUUGUACAGUAGCUCUAACACCAUGGUAUUCGGAUCAAUGCGCCACGCAGCCCAGCAUCUCCGCCAGUCCGCCAGAAGUGCGGCUACUCGCCGCGCCUCUGUCUCUGCUUCCACCUCCUUUGCAUGCGCUCCACGUGGCGUCGUGCAGCAAACCCGUGUCAAUGCUGCACCGUUCGCUGCUCAGCCGCAGCACGUGAAAGCGGACCCGACGGGUAUUGUGGCCGGCAUUGCCGUCGUAGGUGCUUUGAUUGGCGUGGGCAAGAUGUGGUGGGACGCGUCGUCGUCUAGCACAACGGAUCCACUCGCCUUCCAAGAUAUUCCGCAGGCAGAGAUCGCUCUUUUCUUUACGGAACUUACGGCUGCUGUCAAGGACCUCUUCAAACAAUUACCGGAGAUUGAGAACGCCGUCCGCAAGUACCUGAAGGACAACAACCACGAACUGAGCGACGCCGAGUUCAAGCAGGCUAUUCUGUCGCAGCUGUAUCAGAUGAUGGAAGGUAUUGAGCAACAAAUCGUUGCCAAGCGCCAGUGGAGCCGCCAGAGUCUCGAGUUUGCGCUUGAGAAGUACGGGCAGGACCCGGAGAUCCUCAAGCUCCAGGAAGACCUGAACACCAUCAUGCGAUCUGUGUUCCCUGCUCCGGUGCCCGUGGAGGUUCCAGAGGAUCUCACUGCCGACAAGACGCUGGCGAUUUUGAAGGAAAUGGUGGCUGGUAUGGAGAAGGCCAUGGCGGACAUGCUUGCCCAUGCCCGAGCGGAGGGCAUCACCGACGUUCAAAAGGCUAUGGAGGAGUUCCAGUACCUAUACAUGGAGCACGUGGAGCAGAUGACCCAGGCCCAGAUGAAGACCCACGGUAUCUCGCAGGAGAUUCUUUCGGCGGCUCUGCAGAAAUACCACGGCGAAAGCGAGCAGUUCCGGCAGCAGGUGGAGCAGAUCUACGCUCAGCAGGCAAAGGCCUUCCAGAAGAUGGGUCUGCCUGUGGAAACCCAAUAGAGAGGAGGUUAGAUGUCCAACCUCUUGAGUGCUGUAGAAUUUUGCCUUGAGCAUUGUAGAAGCACCGGGUGAAGACGUAAACGAUGCAUGUAGCUGUAACAUGAUCAAUAGAUCUAUCGCAGCACUUUUGCAAUUUUGCCAAUGAACUCUCAUUGCAGUCGUCACCAGUGCAUUCCAACACCUGUAGCUAACUCCAAUAUAACUGCCACACCUGUGAAACAG